ACUUUCGAGUUUCCGAACGAAAAGUCUUUGACCUUUGGCCGAAUGUCACUUUUGACAUUUAUAUUUUCUCAAGAGCCGUAUCUCCGCUGCGCUGCUCGAGAUAACUGAAAAGUGAAAUAUAACGCUAUUUAAACCGAAACCAGACAAGUGUUAGUACUCGCGAUGGUUUCGCAACAAUUGGUAUACGCGGCAGCGGUGCCCGUGGGAGUGGUUUUGGCUAUCGGACUGAUACGUAAAUGGAGGUCCAGAAAAUGGGGAAAAUGCUUAAGUAACACUUGUUUGAGGGGUAAAACGUUUUUAAUAACGGGUGCGAACAGCGGGAUAGGGUUCGAGACGGCCAAGGCGCUGGUGAGACGGAAGGCUCGAGUGAUCUUCGCGUGCAGAGACAUCGCGAAGGCGAAGGAAGCUAUCACGCAAAUAAGGAAGUCUCAGCCGACCGGCGGCGAACUGAUCCCGAUGCAGCUGGAUCUCGCCUCAUUCGAAUCCAUCGAGAACUUCGUAGAAGUAGUGAAAGCUGGUUUCUACAAAAUAGACGUGCUGAUCAACAACGCAGGAGUCGCUACUCCGCUGAACCUUGGCCUGAAGACCAAGGAAGGUUAUGAGAUCAACAUCGGUGUCAAUCAUGUUGGCCAUUUCUAUCUUACUAACCUGCUGCUGGAUCAUUUGAAACGGGCAGCGCCUAGCAGAAUCGUGAUUCUGUCUUCCACGCUUCACGAGAAAGGGAAUAUCAACUUUAACGACUUGAACUUAAAGCAGGAAUCUGAAUUGGCUGUUCAGGGCAAGCUGAAAGGCCGCAACAACCCAGGUUACUGCAACUCUAAGCUCAUGAACGCGUACUUUGGUCGCGCGUUGGCUGACAAGCUCAAAGACUCUGGAGUGGAUGUGCAUACUGUGUGCCCGGGGUUCUGCUAUACUAAUCUAUUCAGAGAUUCAUUGAGAUGGUAUCACUUCAUUCUGAUGGCUCCCAUCGCUCUGCUGUUCAUGAGGUCUUCUCAGCAGGGUUCGGAGACAGUCGUAUUUUGCGCUACCGACUACAGCAUAGAGGGCAAAACUGGAAAAUUCUACCGUGACUGCGUCGAAUAUACCUCCAAAUACCCCUUCGACAAAGAGGUGGAGACCAAACUGUGGCAAGCUACUGAGGACAUGGUCAAAGCCAGGAGGCCCUUGUGAGACCCAGCACCCACUCGAAGCCAAACACGUAACACGGAACCCGCUCAACGCCCACAAGAUUUGAAUAUUCGACCGAACCCGCCUGUGAAACUUAAGCGUCAAGAGAAGCCUAAGGAAGUCAGGAAGACUGAGAGACCUAAGCCGUGUCAGGAGAAAAAGGUGGAACCACGUCGGCAGGAAAGGAAGAGUCAGGCUGGGCCGAGUCGGCCGAAACGGCAGGCGACGGGGCAGUCUACUUCGAAGAAGAAUUGAUCGGUAUACGCUUCAGGUCAGACAAAAAGGAUUUAAGAAGGUAGUGGAUGAUCGCUUCUCCAUAAAAAUGUAGGGUAAGAAUAUUAUAAGUAAUGUUCUCUGAACUUUAAUAUUAUAUGACAACACACGCCAUGCAGUUUUGACUUACUUUGGUCUUAUAUAGUUAUUUUAAUUCAUAGAAAGAAGGAGCAUGUACAUAGCCAUAGAUUAAAUAUAAGAAGAUCAUACUAUCCUAUACAUUAAAAUGAGAGCACCUAAGAACGCGCAUAUACCACACCACAUAGAUGGCGCCACAAAAAUGCCUUGUUGCCAUCGAAUUAUUUGUAGAUUGGCGUGAAGUGUUAUUAUCGAGCCAUAAAUGUGACACUUAACGCCAUCUACAAGUAUAAUCGAAAGCUACAAGGCAUUAUUUUUUGUGGCGCCAUCUAUGUGUGGUGUAGUAUGCGCGUUCUUACGCGGUCGCAUUUAAAUGUAUAGGAUGGUAUGAUCUUAUAUUUAAUCUAUGACAGC